AUGAUGGACGAUGGCAUGUCUGAAGGCGAAUACGUUUUGAACUACUGGGAUGAUGAUCCAGGUUCAAGACGAUACUGUGAUGGAGCAGGUCCAAUCUUUGCGCCUUUUUCUGCUCCUUCGGCAGGAUCAAGAUCGAGAUUUAAUUCGAAAUCAAAGUCUAGUGAUAGACCACCUGUGCCCUCCUUAUAUGAGGAAAUAGAACAUCAGAAAUCACUCUAUCAUUCAGAAAUCACUGAUUCUGUCAUCACCCCAGAGCCAGAUACCAUCAAUGAAAAUGGCGCAAUCACUCAUCAAUCUACCUAUGACCAAACAACCACUCCCUCUGCACCAUCCCGAACCUCGUUGGAGUCAGUCAAUCCUGACCCCUCUACUGUAUCGUCAAUUCCAUCCACCAACAUCAGUAUACCGUUCACAGUUCGACAGCUAUGA